UCAGAGCACUGGGGAAGGUAAAACUUGAAAGUCAUUGGUUUUAGGUUUUUCUGAAAGCUGGAGAAGACUGGGCCCCGGUGCAGCACUUCGCGGGCUGCUGUUCCCCAGAUCAGCGUCGUCUACAAGGCUUGUUGGAAAUCUGAACACUGGGGCUCUACCCACCCCAUGAAGUUAACUCCUCCUGGGGGGUGAGGCUCAGCUGUUAUUUUCCAUAAGCAGCCCAACGACAGCCAGGGCCUGGGAUGGGGAACCAGAGGGCCAGUUUCUCAUCGUCUUGGAGAGGGACUGAAGGGCCUGCUGCCUGAGGAAAUUAGGCUCCAGUCACUUCCUGAAGCGUGUCAAACCCCACCUUCAGCCUCAAGGGCUCACAAGCCCUGCGUCCUCAGCAGAGAUCCAGCUCCACCCUCCCCACCCCUGCGCUCGCUACCUGUCCGACCUGAGCUAGCAGAAGAGAGCAGGGUGGCUCCGGGAAGCAGGCUGCCUAGCCAUGCUCUGGACACUGUGGCCAAAGUGGCUGGCAGGCAAGGGGCUGCCCCUCCUGGGGGUAGUGCUGCUGCAGGAGAGAGAGAAGAGGGGGCUUCAGUGGAGUCACCGGCGGCGGGAAACACACCCAUACUAUGACCUCCAGGUGAAGGUACUGAGGGGCAGAAAUAUCCAGGGCAAAGACAUGCUAUCCAAAGCUGACUGCUACGUGCAACUGUGGCUGCCCACGGCAUCCCCCACCCAUGCCCAGACAAAGGUGGUGGCCAACUGCAGUGACCCCGAGUGGAACGAGACCUUCUACUACCAGGUUCACAGUGCUGUGAAGAACGUCCUGGAGCUCACGCUCUAUGACAAAGACGUCAUGAUCAGCAAUAAGCUCUCCCUGCUGCUGUUUGACCUGGAGAACCUCAAGCCCGGCCAACCCCACAGACACACCUUUCAGCUCAACCAACAGGAUUCAGAAGAACUGCAGGUGGAGUUUGUUCUGGAGAAGAGCCAGAUGCCUGCAUCUGAAGUCAUCACCAAUGGUGUCCUGGUGGCUCACCCCUGUCUGAGAAUCCAGGCCACCCUCGGGGAAGAUGAGACAGCCCUACGUCGAGAGUAUGGCGCUAGGCAGAUUCAGCUGGCAGUGCCCAGGGCCUACGAGAAGCCACAGCUCUUGCCCCUGCAGCCUCCCAUGGAAGCAGGACCCCCAGCCACCUUUACCUUCCACGUGAAUCCAGUGCUGCAGUCCAGGCUGGAAGUGGUGCUAGAAGAGGAGCUCACAGUCCUCCAGAGCAGCCCAAGUGCUGAGUUGGAGGUCCAGAGGAGCAAGCUGGGCGAGGGGGGCAUCCUGCUCUCCUCCCUGGCCCUAGGCCAGGAGGAACAGCGCUUCGUGGCCCUGGGGGAGGGCCAGGAAGUGGCUCUGAGUGUGAAGGCAGAAAUAAGCUCUGGGGACCUGGACCUGCGCCUGGGCUUUGAUCUCUGUGACGGGGAGCAGAAGUUUCUGGACAAGAGGAAGCAGAUCGUGUCCAAGGCUCUGCAGCAGGUGCUGGGAUUGAGCCAGGCUCCCGACAGUGGCCAGGUACCUGUGGUGGCUGUGCUGGGUUCGGGAGGUGGAACCCGUGCUAUGUCUUCCCUGUACGGCAGCCUGGCAGGGCUGCAGGAGCUGGGACUCCUGGAUAUUGUGACCUACUUGAGUGGGGUCUCUGGGUCCUGUUGGUGCAUCUCCACACUCUACAAGGACCCAGCCUGGUCCCAGGUGGCUUUGCAGGGCCCCACUGAGCAUGCCCGGGCUCGGGUCUGCAGCAGUAAGAUGGGGGCAGUGUCCGUGGAGCGCCUACAAUACUAUGCCCAGGAACUGGGGAACCUGGAAAGCAGAGGCCACAGUGUUUCCCUCGUCGACCUCUGGGGCCUCCUCAUUGAAUAUGUCCUGUACCAGGAGGAAAACCCUGCCAAGCUGUCUGACCAGCAGGAGGCGGUCAGCCAGGGCCAGAACCCUUACCCCAUCUACUCCAGCGUCAACAUUUGCACAGACAUCAGCGGGGCAGACUGUGCAGAGUGGUGCGAGUUUACCCCUCAUGAGGUCGGCUUCCCCAAGUAUGGGGCUUAUGUUCCCACCAAGCUCUUUGGCUCAGAGUUCUUCAUGGGGCGAUUGCUGAAGCUCUGGCCAGAACCCCGGCUCUGCUACCUACAGGGUGUAUGGGGCAGCGCCUUUGCAGCCAGUGUGGAUGAGAUCUUCCUGAAGACGACUGGCUCCGGCCUCGGCUUCCUGGAUGAGCACCGAGGCAGCAUGAACACCACAGAAGAGGACUGCCAGAAGCUCCAGUUGCAUGACCCCACGAGGCUGAGAACCAGGCUCUUCACCCCUCAGGGGCUCUUCUCCCAGGUUGUGCUGGGCCUAUUCACCUGCCGCUUUACCUCCGCAAAGAACUUCAACUUCACCCAGGGCCUCUGCCUGCACAAGGAUUAUAUGGCUGGCAGGGAGUUUGUGGCCAGGAAAGACACACACCCGGAUGCCUGCCCCAACCAGCUCACUCCCAUGAGGGACUGCCUGAACCUGGUGGACGGCGGCGUUGCUAUCAACUCCCCGUUCCCGCUGAGCCUGCUCCCCCAGAGAGCGGUGGACCUCAUUGUGUCCUUUGACUAUUCUCUGGACGCCCCCUUCGAGGUCUUACAGAUGACAGAGAAGUACUGCCUGGACCGAGGCAUCCCCUUUCCCAAGAUUGAGGUGCUCCCUGAGGACCUGGAGGAACCCCGUGAGUGCUACCUGUUUGCCAGGGCCGAGGACCCUCACGCACCCAUCGUGCUGCACUUCCCCCUUGUCAACCGUACCUUCCGCACACACCUGGCCCCAGGUGUGGAGCGACAAACAGCUGAGGAGAAGGCCUUUGGGGACUUUGCCAUCAAUGGGCCAGACACCCCCUAUGGCAUGACAGACUUCACCUAUGAGCCUGAGGAGUUUGAUCGGCUGGUGGCCCUGAGCCGAUACAAUGUUCUGAACAACGCAGAGACCCUGAGGCAUGCCCUCCAGCGGGCUCUGGGCCGGCGGCAAUCUAGGGCCAGCGCUGCAGGCUGACCCAGGCUGGAGUUGGAGGACAGUGACACAGAGGAGGGACUGGGGGGGGCGGGGGCUGCAGACUAGGGCUUGGUAAAGCGGGCAGUGGACUCUGCAGGGUCUGCUUCCCAUCUCACCGGGACAUGCCUUGAGGUCCCCUGGGCCUUGGAAAGCUCCUGCAGAAUUGCAGUUUGGACUUGGGGCCGGGCCCUUCUUGUACAUGUUGCUGGGAGAAGAUGGAGCAGUAUGUCUCUCCGGGGGCACUUGGGGGUGUGGGGCAGAAGUGAGCAGUGCUGUUUUACAUUGGAGUGUGGUGGGAGCGUGGUGGGGGUUGUGUAGAGGGGAUGAUCAGGCAGUAGUCUAGCCCCAGGUUCCACCCGCUACACGGAAGGACUUCAGACCCUCACCAGAUGGGAGCUGUGAGAGCUGAGGUGCUGGUUACUCUCCUUAAACUGAGACCAAAAGCAAAGAUGCAUCCAGUUCACGCUUGUGCAAGUGGCUCAAUCCCUGAUCCACCCCUGACUCCUUCCCCCACCCCCACCCUCUCUGGUCCCCAGCUCCUGGAUGCAGUGUAAGUUCUAUCAAUAAUAA